UUCAUAAUCUUGUUGCAUGUUUAACUAAAUCAAUAUGGCCCGAAUGAACCGCCCAGCUCCUGUGGAAAUCACCUACAAGAACAUGAGAUUCCUAAUCACACACAAUCCAACCAAUGCAACCUUAAACAAAUUUAUAGAGGAACUUAAGAAAUACGGCGUUACCACAGUGGUAAGAGUGUGUGAAGCUACUUAUGACACUGCUCCGGUGGAAAAAGAAGGCAUUCAGGUUUUGGAUUGGCCCUUUGAUGACGGUGCGCCACCAUCCAACCAGAUUGUUGAUGAUUGGCUAAACCUCCUUAAAGUUAAAUUUCGUGAAGAACCUGGUUGUUGUAUCGCUGUACACUGUGUUGCUGGUCUUGGAAGAGCUCCAGUCUUAGUUGCUCUUGCACUGAUAGAAUGUGGAAUGAAGUAUGAAGAUGCAGUGCAGUUCAUAAGACAGAAGCGGCGUGGAGCUUUUAACAGCAAGCAACUUCUGUACUUGGAGAAAUACCGCCCCAAGAUGCGUCUGCGCUUUAAAGACUCCAAUGGUCACCGAAAUAAUUGUUGUAUUCAGUAAAGCUCAAUAGCCUAUAGUACUUCUUUGGAAAUAAAGGAUGGAAACUAGAAUUAAGCAGGCUGCAUGCCAAAGACAUCAGUCUGAUAUUGUUUUUUUAGUAGUAAAGGAGGCUUCCUUAGGAGUAUUUAAUAGGCUAAAGGCUUGGUAGAAAUGCAACUUCUAUGUUUAGAUAAAUAUCCAUCUGUUUGGAGACCCAGUAAAUGUUUUUGCUGUACCCUGUUUCUGAGCUGUCUCCUUGUUCAUUAAUUACCAGUUCAAAUAUCCUUUAAUCAUGCCAUUUGAGUCUUACCCACCUAGUUUCAACUACUAAAAAUUGGGGUACUAAAAUAAAUCAAUCUGUAGAGAGAUUAGGUGCCAAAAUACCCAGCAUAUCAGCUACAUGGUUUUCUUUAUAAAUGAGCGUAGUUCUGAUGAUGUGAGAACUACCAGCUUAUCUGGACCUUACUAUCUUUUUUUCUACAGUCAUUUCAAUAUUGAAGAAUAUGGCCUCUAAGGUAGUCUUGCCUGCUCACUGUAUGUUUUGUCUCCCACAAUCGCACUAGAAUUACCAGGAUUUGCACAGUCUGUCUUUUUAAUACUAUGAAUUACAGCAACUUUUUACCCUAGCGUCUGUGCUCUUCUGUUAUCUGAACCUCUCCAUUUUACAAAUCAUUACUCUCUUGUUACUCAUGUAGAAAAUCUUUUAAAUUGUACAGAAGCACACAAGUCUUUAAUGUCUCCAGACAAAAAGCCUUACAGUAAAAUUAAUGUUGGCACUUCAUGUGCAACUUAAGAGGGCCUGAAAAGGUUGGGAGGGGCUAUUUAAUAUUUCUAGUAAAAUGUUGCCUUUGUCUUGUGCAGGAAGUAUAGAAUAUGCCCUUUACUUUAGUAAAUAUUUUUUUAAAAUGUAGAAAUGCUUUGUUAUCGUAGCUAAAAAUUCUUAAUCAGAAAAUUUCUGAAAAAAUCUUGUAGUUUCUUUUACUGUACCUAUUGAAAGUUGUUUACCAACUAUUGCUUUGUUGAAAGUGUGAUUUAUUUUUUUCUUUUUGUUUUUCCUCCUUGAGUUUCUGCUAUGACUUGGGCAGACCUCUGUAAUAUUUUGUAUGCCUUUCAAGCUGCGUAACUUAAUAUUUGGAUACUUGAUAAUUUGUUUUAUUAUGUAAUUGAUAAAAUGGUGAUGUGUAUUAAUGUUAGUUCAACCAUAUAUUUAUACUGUCUUGGGAAUGUGUGGUUAUAGUUCUGUGGGAGAAAUAAUUUUGCCAGUGUUCACCAGCUUGUAAAAUCUAGUGCGAGAGCUUAAAACAUCUAAAUAAAUACUGAAAUGCACUUACAAA